UGACGGCAUUUUCAUAACGAAAAGUUUAAACGUUUUAGUUUAAGAAUCAACAAAAUUGAACAGUGCUUCUAAAUUAAUGUGAAUAACUGACAGUUUCACUGACAGCUGCUGAGCUUUUGGUUUGGGUUUCAGUCGUUUGUAAUGUAAUUUGCCUGUAUCAACUGAAAACGAUUAUGAUUUUCGUACUUGGUGUAUUUUCCGCUAAAACUAAUCUAAUCUAAUCAUAGUGUAAAAUUACUCGCAAUAGCGCCUCAUUACGAUGAAUACUUUUAUAGGAGUGAUGAUUUAGGUGUGGUGACCGAAAUGUCUAAUUCAAAGUGUAGCGAGGAGGAUGAGGCGUUUCCUUUGCACGAGUGCGUGUUCAGGGGGGACGUGCGAAAGCUGUCAUCUUUGCUGCGGCUGGAGGACGUGGCACGCAAAGACAAGCAUGGCAACUCGGCGCUACACCUGGCGGUGAUGCUGGGGCGUCGCGAGUGUGUGCAGCUGUUGCUGGCGCACGGCGCACCCGUCAAGCUCAAGAACCUCGCGGGCUGGUCGCCGCUCGCCGAGGCCAUCAGUUAUGGGGACCGCCAGACCAUAUCCUCUCUCGUACGCAAGCUCAAGCAGCAGGCUCGCGAACAAAUGGAACGCAGAAGACCUGACCUCAUUAGGGCUCUAGCCCAAAUACAAGAUUUCUACAUGGAACUAAAGUGGGAUUUUCAUUCAUGGGUCCCUCUCGUCUCUAGAAUUCUACCAUCUGAUGUUUGUAAAAUUUAUAAAUCUGGUUCAGGAAUUAGAUUAGACACAACAUUAGUCGAUUUCACAGAUAUGAAAUGGGAGAGAGGAGACAUAUCAUUUAUAUUUCAAGGAGAAAAGCAACCUAGUGAAUCACUUACCGUACUGGACAACAAAGCCAAGGUGUACCAGAGAGUGCGCUAUGAGGAGACAGAGAAUGAAAUAGAAGAUGAAGUAGACAUACUGAUGUCAAGUGAUAUUUUGGCAGCUCAAAUGUCUACUAAAGGUAUAGCGUUUUUAAGAGCUCAGUCAGGCUGGAUAUUUCGUGAAGACCGAAAGGAGACUGUAGCCGGACUUUAUAGAAGUGACAUUUAUACUAUUUCUGGCCUUGUCCUAGAAUCACGUAAAAGACGCGAACACUUAUCCACAGAUGAUCUGCAAAAGAAUAAAGCUAUAAUUGAGAGUCUAACUAAAGGUAAUACACAGAAUUUAGAUACUAAUGGAGAACCAACAAGGCGAGCAUCAUUAAACCCACCGCCAGAGAGUGGAGUGGACUGGGAAACCUACAUCGCUGCACCUGCAGGCCAGUACCCCAGUCUGGGGAGAGAACUAGUUUAUAAAGAGUCGUCCAGAAACUUUAGAGCUACCAUUGCUAUGAGUGAUGAAUUUCCUCUAAGUGUUGACAUGUUACUGAAUGUAUUAGAAGUAAUUGCACCAUUUAAACAUUUUGCAAAGUUGCGUCAGUUUGUCGCGAUGAAGUUGCCUAAUGGAUUCCCGGUUAAAAUUGAUAUACCGAUUUUACCUACAGUUACUGCAAAAAUAACUUUUCAAAAAUUUGAGUUUCAAAAUGACAUACCAAACGAUAUGUUCAUUAUACCAGAUGAUUACAUAGAAGACCCCAUGAGGUUUCCUGAUUUAUGACGCUUUGAUAUUUUAACAUUGUUUGAAGUUAGCGAAAAGCCUGUUUGGCGGCGAGAGGGAAAACAUGGGCAUGUCUUGAGAAUGGUAAGAAACUCAUGCUGCAAGGCUUCUGCGCAAGGGCUCAUCACUAUAGAAUUCCCAAUGUUGUUUAGCCUAGGUAGCUCAUAUUCUAGCCACUGUGUUCUCUUCGUGGAGUAACUGUUUUUAAAAACUGGGAGUCCAAGGUGAACCUCAAAAUGUUCACUGUCCUCAUACAAAAUGUUGCAAGUCACCUACAUUCAUGUGUAGUCCCACCUUGUGUGCAUUACUUACACCAUA